UCACCUACAUUGAUUAUUUCCUUCUUACUUUAAGGAGUACUGGCAAAGAUCUUUGCAAAUAUAGCAGUGCAGAAAGGUUGCUGAAUCUUCAGGAUAUGUUUUAAUUUUAUUUUAGCAUGUUGGAAUUCUGUACUUGUCACAGAACAAGUUUUAACUGUUUUAAAAGGGUUUUGUAUUCUGCAUACCACAAACGUGUUUCCAGUUAGCCACUUUACCAUGUUACUGUAAAAAGACAGUAGACUCAGUUUUUUUUGGACUGUAACUUGUAAUUACAAGUAUCUUUAAAAAACUUAGUGCUAUACGCCAAAAAAGCAAGUGUAGAUUGUUUUAUGGCAUGUCUGUCUAGUGGAAUCGAACACUAAAGAAUGUCUGUAAAACUUUGAAUGAUGCAUUUACCAAAAACUUUAAACAAUGAAAAGAAUGCAUUCAAGGACAUUGUUGCAAUGAACUAGUAAUGAUUAUGUAGAUUGCUUGGAAUGCAUAAUACAACUUACAUUAAUGUGUAAAAAUUAUAAAUUAAAGAUGCUUAAACUGUCAAAUGAUUUAUAAACUGGUAAAGAACAUUUACGACACAUCAGGAUUAAAAGUAUUUACACAGCUAAUCUUGUGAUAAACCAUCAGCCGUGUAGUAUUCUGCCAAAUUCUCGAGAAAGGAAAGAAAAUAACAGCAUUCAUUUUUAAAUGGUGCAGAUCGCGAGAUAUAAGUAACACUGAAGCGUUCAAAGCAUUAGGAGCAGACAUUAGAGCUUUUUAAGGAAGAAACAUUUUCCAAAUGCUUUUAAGUCCCAUGUAGCACAAGAUCAGAUAAUGGAAGAGACAUUUCAUUGGCCGUGAAAUACGUCUUAAGCGUGGUAGAUACCACUCCCACAAUCCCAUGUGAGAUCCAAGAAUUGCGUUUUGAGGUACAUGUCUUUCAUAUAUAAUUUGACACAGGAUUUUUACACAGGAUCCCUCUUUUCCUGUGACCAGAACAAACCACUCCCAGCGCUUGAGGUUUUUCUGGUCUUGGCACUGUCUGAGUCAUAAUAAUACGUUAUAAAGAGUUUAACUUUAUGUCUUCCAGCACUGAUCAUUCAGAAGCUACUGUGGUCUGGAGAGGAAAGAUGCAGGUUUUGCUCUACCUAGUUUCUGUCUUUGGUCUUUUUGGACAGUAUCGUCUGACACCUUUACCACAUCCAGAUGAUGAAUCGGUUCAUCCAACUAAACCUGCUCAGAAUGACCUGUCAGUGGCAACUAAGUACCUUGAGCAAUUUUACAGUUUCAAAGCCGAUCCCAUGGGCCGCAGGAGGAGGAGUCGCCCAUCGUUCUCAUCCAAACUAAAGGACAUGCAGAGCUUUUUUGGACUCAAUAGAACAGGAACCUUAAAUCCAGAAACUUUAGCUGUUAUCAGAACCCCGAGAUGCGGCGUCUCUGAUGUGGAGGACUACAGUCACAGACGUGGAAACAGAUGGAAGAGAAACCUCAUCACUUAUGGUGUUGGGAGGUAUACCAGUCACUUACCUGUGAGCACAGUGGACUCUCUGAUCGCGUCGGCUCUGGAUGUAUGGGCGAAGGCCAGUCCUCUUUCUUUCCUCAGAUCAUAUUCACACCAGGCAGACAUAAUGGUGGAGUUUUUUAGAAAUGACCAUGGCGACUCCUUUCCCUUUGAUGGUCCAGAUGGCACACUUGCCCAUGCUUAUGGGCCAGGUGAGGGCAUCGGUGGGGAUGUUCACUUCGAUGAAGCUGAAGCAUGGACUGCAGGGCCUAAAGGGUUUAACUUGUAUAUAGUAGCUGCGCAUGAGUUUGGUCACGCACUGGGUUUGAAACACUCACAAAACCCAGAAUCAGUGAUGUACCCCACAUACAAACAACGAAAAACAAAUAAUCUGCUUUCCAGUGAGGAUAUUGUAAAUAUCAACACACUAUAUGGUCCAAGAAACAAAAGUCCCUCUCCAUCUUCAAGAUUCAACUGGAACAAUCCCAGUAAUCCCUGGUACAGUGGUUCUUUUUUCCCUGUAUCAUUGAAGGAAAUAUGUAAUCCUGACUUGACGUUUGAUGCUGUUACAACUGUUGGAGAAGCUCUUUUCUUUUUUAGAGACAAGUACUUGUGGAUUAAACACAAUAACCAAAAUGAUAUAAAAGAGGGUCCCAUCAGCAAUUUUAUGCCAAAUAUUGAUCGCAAGAUUGAUGCUGCUUAUUGGGUGCCACAGCGAGCAACAGCUUAUCUGUUCAACGGAACCAUUUUCUGGACUGUCAAAGGAUCGCAAGUAAAAGGCCGAGCCAGAAACAUCAAGAGUCUUGGGUUCCCAUCAUGGGUCCAGCAGAUAGAUGCAGCCGUCCACAUUCACAGAACUGCACACACUUUGUUUUUUACUGAACACUUGUACUGGAGGUAUAAUGAACACUACAAGUCUAUGAAUGACUCAAGCCCACGUAACAUUUCCGAGGAUUUCCCAGGAAUAAAUGGACCAAUAAGUGCAGCAAUUUAUAAAGAUGGGUCACUUCAUUUCUUUGUUGGCUCGGAUGUGUACAAAUAUGACAUCAAACAAAAGGAAAUUAUUGGGGCUGAAAAAACAACGUCUUGGUUUGGUUGUUAAUGGACAAUCAUUUGAAUAACCUUAUUUUGAAGGCCAGUGUGUCAUUUUCUCGUUUGUGCAUUAAAUGAUUCUUCACUAAACUGAAUGCAAGCACCGUGGCUCUUUAAAAACAUCAGUCUGAUAUGAAGCAUCUGACUCAAAUGGCUUCUGGCUCGACCAAUGGCGUGAGUUCAGGGCAGGACUCCAGCGACAGUGGAUGGGCGAGGCAGUGUUUUGGAAACCAGUCUCAAAACAAUCAUUGUUUUUGGAGGUCUGUUUGAUGCAACAAGCUUUUAAUGAAUAUGUAAAAAAAAAUGUAAACCUGCAUGUUUGCAUUUCACCAGAAAACUGAAUCUACUGUGUAAUGUCUUUGGAAUGUGGAUAUGCAAAUAUAAUAGGGUGUAGAUUAAAUGACCUUUCAUAAGACAUGUAUGACUUUGUUCUGACAAUAUUAUAUCUUACUAUUAUAGAAAAUUAUCCCUUGACUGAGGUGAACAAAGGAAAUUAUCUUACACCAUGUGAGAAACACUGUGUAGAUUCAUUGUAAUAAAGAAAUGCACUCUUUGCACAAUUGUGCAAAUGUAGAGUCAUUACCUUAAGUAAUUGAACCUAUAUAAAAUACCUCA